GAGAAGCCUGAAGAUAACUCACUAGCAAACCUGAAAAUGUUGUAUACUCGAGCAAAUUCUUCGGCUACAGAAGGCAAUGAGAAGAAAAGGAAACGAGUGAAAAUAGAGCACAUUUCAAGGUUAACUCCGAGUAUGCGAAAUCAACUUAAGGCUUGUGCCAAUCUUAAGGGUGAAAAGGUAGCAGCUAGGGUUAGGGACGACUGGUUUGUUGUAGAAGUGAUUAAUUUUGAUAAGAAAUUAAUGGAAUUUGAAGUACUUGAUGAGGAACCUGGUGAUGAUGAAGAUAACAGUGGCCAAAGACAGUACAAGCUUCCAAUGGGAAAUAUCAUUCCUUUCCCUAAGAGUAAUGAUCCUUCAAGUGCCCAAGAUUUCCCACCUGGAAAACAUGUCUUGGCAGUUUAUCCAGGAACUACUGCACUUUAUAAAGCAACAGUUGUUCAAGGCCAUCGCAGGAGGAAGACAGAUGAUUAUGUGUUGGAAUUUGAUGAUGACGAAGAAGAUGGGUCUCUACCUCAAAGGACAGUGCCCUUCCACACAGUUGUUCCUCUGCCAGAAGGACAUCGUCAAUAAAUUAUACAACUAGAUUGAAACUAGCUUGUAUUAUUGUUUGGUUGUGUAAUAUGCUUCAUGUGUGUUUAUUAAGCUAUCAAGGACAUUGCAAUGAGGCUAACUUUAUGCGCGUAUGAAUGACAUUGUAGUUUAAUUAAAUGUUGGGGAUGAUAGAUAUCUAACGUUUGGUUCGGUAUAACAACUGUUGUGGACUUGUGGUCUUUUCUCCAAAUCCACAUUGCGAAAGUUAUGAUGAAAAAUCUGCCUAAACAUUUUGAAAGUUUAUCUAAUUUUCUUAUUGAUCUAAUUA